UGCUAAUGUCAUUUUCGUGUAUUUGUCAAAAAUUUUAUCAAAUGUCAAAACUUCAUUUUGUGCUAAUCUACCUACAAAUACACAAAUUAAUGCUAAUUUUAUUAUGAAACUAAUUUAUUCCUCGCUUUCAAAUUAACGUUACUUAGUCUGCUAGUUGACAUUGAGUUUCUUUGAGUAUUCUUAAGUCUUUUACGAGUGAUAUGUCUCACAGCUGAAGGGAAGUUGGUGUUUAUUAUUAUGGCAUCCGGCUCCAAAAAUGAUAUUGUAAAUAGACUGCUGCAUGCGAGGCUAGAUGAUGGGCCUGGCGGCGACGAACUGCCCCAGAACAUGUUGCCGUCGAACCAACUUGCCAGACAGAUCGAACAACAGCGUGAUGAAGACGGCGCACAAUCAAAUGAACCUGUAGCUUCAUCGUCGGCCAUCGAGAAUUUGCAACCGACCAACAACACAGGCGGCCGGUUGCACAACUGGCAAGCCACAAAGACCACCGUUAAAGAACGCCUUUCAUUUCUAUUUAACAAUGAAAUUCUGUGCGACGUCCACUUCAUCGUAGGCAAAGAAGCAAACCAACAAGUGAUCCCUGCUCAUAAGUUCGUCUUGUCCGUUGGCAGUGCUGUGUUCGAUGCAAUGUUUAACGGCGUCUUAGCAACUAAGUCAAAUGAGAUUGAAUUGCCUGAUGUAGAGCCGGCUGCGUUCUAUCAUCUACUGAAGUUCCUAUACUCUGAUGAAGUGAGAAUUGGUCCAGAGACUGUGAUGACAACCCUGUACACUGCCAAGAAGUAUGCUGUAGCUGCAUUGGAGGAGCAUUGUGUAGAUUUCUUGAAAAGCAAUCUAGGUACAGACAACGCUUUCCUACUGCUGACUCAAGCACGAUUAUUUGAUGAGCCACAACUAGCAGCAUUAUGUUUAGAAAUGAUAGACAAGAAUACAACCGAUGCAUUAAAUGCUGAAGGUUUUACUGAUAUUGAUCAAGAUACACUUAAUGCAGUUUUGGAAAGGGAUACAUUGAGAAUCAGAGAGGCUAAAAUCUUUGCAGCAGUGCUACGCUGGUCUGAAGCUGAGUGCAUCAGGCGACAGAUCCCUGUCACACCGACUAACCAGAGAAUGGUCUUAGGCCGUGCUUUCAAUGCCAUAAGAUUCCCCCUAAUGUCGGUUGAGGAGUUUGCUAUGGGUCCAGCACAGAGUGGUUUAUUGGAUGACAGAGAAAUAGUUCAAUUAUUUCUAUACUUCACUGUCAAUCCAAAACCGAAUGUUGGUUUCCUAGACACACCGAGAUGCUGUAUGACUGGUAAAGAAUUAACGGUGAACCGGUUUCCUCAAACAGAGUCGAGGUGGGGUUACAGUGGCACCAGUGAUAGAAUUAGAUUUACAGUGGACCAAAGAAUUUUUGUUGUUGGGUUUGGGCUAUACGGUUCAUAUUUUGGACCAUCUGAAUAUGAAGUUCAUCUACAGAUUAUUCACCUAGCGACAAAGAAGGUUUGCGGUUCGAACACAACAACUUUUUGCUGCGACGGUACUGAUGAUACAUUCAGAGCUAUGUUCAAAGAGCCUGUAGAGAUAUUGCCUAAUACAUCGUACAUCGCAAGUGCUAAACUAAAAGGCACAGACUCAUAUUAUGGAACAAAGGGUCUCCGCCGAGUCACUGUUGACUGCAACAAUGGUGAGAAAGUUGUGUUCCAAUUCUCUUACGCAGCAGGCAAUAACAACGGAACGUCUGUAGAGGACGGACAGAUACCUGCUAUCAUAUUUUACAUCUAAUAAUAUUCUUAACUGGUAAUACUGCAUACCAUAGAAUAAUGCAUCGCAACUUUUGAAUCUAGCUGAUAAAUUAGCAAAGGUUUAAGAACAAACUUUUUUAGAAAAAAGAAGUUAACAAUAUAAUGAUAAAUUAAUGAGUAUUAAUUCAUGAAAACACGCUUUCGAUGUUUUAAGUAUAAAUAAAAAUCAAAGACUAGUUAAUGAUAUUUAUAAAUCAAGAAAAUAUGAAAAAUGAACCUACUUACUUUUCUAUUUAUCUAACACUGAUGCUUGAUUUGGUUCGAAAGUGCACAAAUUGAAUGAACAUAGCAGAGACUGAAAUUCAUAUGAUGAAAAAUUUUAUUACCAGUUUUUUCAAAAGAGCAUAAAACAUUAUUAUCCCACAUUUAAGCACUUGCUCUAAAGAGACUGAAUAAAGUACCUACUUAUACAAAAUAAUAGUAGUUUAUGCGAUUAUCUUAAAAGAAGGGGUAUAACACAGAAGCCUGUUUAUCGCAUGAGAUGAAGCCAAAAGCGGUAAAAGGUUGACUCAAGUGAUUAAUACCUAAAUUAAAUGCAGUUGCAUACACUACUUUAUCUUCACACAUAGAGUACAACUGAAAUUAAAAUUAAACAAAGUAGCAAAACUUUUCUGAAAUAACG